AUGUCAACAGACGAACUCACUGAGACGAUCGCGGUCGUCAACGUGACGUUUAUAAUCAACUGCUGUGACAUAGCAGCUUGCGCGAUAUAUACUUAUGACCGCAUCCUCACAUUUUGGCGGGAGGUAGACUUGAUAUGGCAACGCCGUAGCAUGUCGGUCGCGACUGUAUUCCAUAUCGCCGUUGGUGUCUUCCAGGCGUUGCGUGCUUUCGCCAUCAGCAACCGAUCGGUGCCACUUGCAUUUGCAAUCUUCCUGUUGUCUGUGGUGAUCUCUGCGAUGGAUGUGUAUGAGAUCUUCACAGUAGUUCCAGUUCCUCUGCCAGAUCCUGUUGGUUGUAUGCUCUUCGUGAGUGGCUCGAGCUACAGUACGCUUCGUCUGGCCACAGUGCUUAUCGCCAGCCAAACCUCUGCCAUUGUCGCCGAAGUAUUACUGGUGGUAGCAACCUGGCGUCAAGUAUACAGAGCCAAGUUCGCUGAAGACCCGCAUUUCAAGACCCCGGUUACAACCGUAUUCCUUAGAUAUGGAAUUGUUUAUUUCAUCACUCUUCUCGUCCUCCUGGUAGUCAACAUGGCGCUAAGCGAGACAAUUAUCAGCAAUGGUAUUGUGUCACCUAUCCUUACGGCUUUGCAAAUGUCCCUUCUCUCGCACUUCUACCUCAGCUUACAUGAAGCAAUUUUGGUCGAGAUACCUUCUGGUGCAUCAGAGAUAUCCGAUCUCAUUUUCACGCGUAUGGUGGGGAGCCUAGCCGGAUCUCUUCUUUACGGCACACGCAGUCGAUUAGACCACGGCGUGGACGUAGAGGAUGUUAUAUCAAGCUCGAAGAAAGAAGCGGAGGAUGGGAGGGCCAUGGAUAUUGAGCAGUCGGCAGUACUCGCGACCGGGGGCGACGGCGCCGCACUCAACUCAGAAGUCUUCAUUGAUGAAGUACCGAGAAUUGCAUCGGUUGCCGUUUGA